UAAAAUCUCAAUCCUGCCACAAUAAUAGUUACAAGUUGCUCUCUGACACUAAAUAUCUACUGCUUGAAACUUAUUAAAUCUCUUUAAUAGCCAAAAUAUUUAUUACUUCUAUUUCUAUAAAAUAAAAUGCUUACAUACACCAUGCAUUUUAUUUGCCUUGCUCACAUUUCUUAUUACUUCUAUGUUCUAUACGCUUAAUUACUUUCCUAACCAUACGUAAUAUAAUAAGUUAAUCCACCUACUUUUCUCCUUUUUAAAAAUCUUUUAUAGGUUAUUAUACGAAAGUUUAUUAUUGGUACACCCACAGAAGAAUUUCAGAAAAUGGCUUCUUUUUUCGAGCCUAUUUUUGAUCACAUUUUCAUUUGGGUUUUAGUGGUAACAUUCAUCAUAUCCCAAGAAUGUGUAGCUCAUGAUCAUAACCAUACUCAUGUUCAUGAUUGUUGCAAUGAUCAUCAUGUCCAUGAUUAUUGUUAUAAUACUAAUCAUGAUUAUGAUGGUGAUCAUAAGCAUAAUCAUAAUCAUUAUCUCACAUCAUCACUUACUUUGGAUGUUUCUAAACAACGUCAAAUACCACCUCACUUUUUUGGUAUAUUUUUCGAGGAGAUUAAUCAUGCUGGAGUUGGUGGUUUAUGGGCUGAACUCGUUAUGAAUAGAGGAUUUGAAGCCGGAGGCCGCCAUACGCCGUCGGUGAUCAACCCUUGGGGUGUGAUCGGAGAUGAAAUGGCGAUAUCAAUAAUAACAGAGCUUUCAUCAUGCUUUAAAGAAAAUCCAGUGGCUCUAAGAAUGAAUAUACAUUGUGACUCUACAACUUGCCCUCCAGGAGGAGUUGGAGUCUACAAUCCCGGUUAUUGGGGAAUGAAUAUUGAAGAAGACAAGUCUUAUAAAGUGGUAUUCUACAUUAAAUCAUCUGGACCACUUGAUGGUGUUAUUUCAUUAGUAAGUGAUGAUGGAACACAAGUACUUGCCUUUCAACGCAUAAUUGGUGAUGCAAAAAGAGUAAAGAGUUGGACAAAGAUGGAGAUAACAUUACAAGCAAGAGCAUCAUACAAAAAAUCUAGACUUCAAUUCACAACUACCCAACAAGGAACUAUUUGGCUCGACCAAGUUUCUUGUAUGCCCACCGACACAUACAAGGGUCAUGGAUUUCGAACUGAUUUAAUGAGAAUGCUUCUGCAGCUGAAGCCUAGGUUCCUUAGAUUUCCUGGAGGAUGUUAUGUAGAAGGCAAUUAUCUAAGAAAUGCUUUUCGAUGGAAAGAAACAGUGGGGCCAUGGGAACAAAGACCAGGACAUUUUGGUGAUGUUUGGGGUUAUUGGAGUGAUGAUGGACUUGGUUAUCUUGAAUAUCUUCAACUAGCAGAAGAUCUCGGAGUUGAGUCUGUUUGGGUUAUUAACAAUGGAAUGGGUUUGCAGGAUGAAGUUAGUCCAUACCUACUAGCGCCUUUCGUCCAAGAAAUGUUGGAUAGUAUUGAAUUUGCUAGAGGUAGUCCAAAUUCAACAUGGGGUUCUCUUCGUGCUAAGUUGGGGCAUCCAAAACCUUUUAGCCUUAAAUACAUUGCCAUUGGAAAUGAAAAUUGCGACAAAGCAAAUUAUAGAGAAAGUUAUCUAAAGUUUUACAAAGCUUUAAAGAAGGCCUAUCCAGAUAUCAAAGCCAUAUCUAAUUGUGAUGCUACACAGAAACCCUUAGAUCACCCUGCUGAUUUAUAUGAUUAUCAUAGAUAUACAAAUGCUUCAGCCAUGCUUCAACUCACUCGUGAUUUCAAGAAGAUACGAAGAGGUGAUCCACAUGCUCCAAAGGCUUUCGUGAGCGAAUAUGCUGUGACAUAUCCUAAAGAGCUGGUGAAGAAUGGAACAUUUGAAGGAGCAUUAGCUGAAGCUGCCUUCUUACUUUCACUAGAACAAAAUAGUGAUGUUGUUGAAAUGGUUAGCUAUGCUCCACUUUUUGUUCAUCAAUACGACAGAACAUGGAAUCCAGAUGCAAUAUUCUUUAAUUCAGAGAAAGUGUAUGGAAUUGCUAGCUAUUGGGUCCAAACCUUUUUCAAGCAAUCAAGUGGAGCAUUACUUUUAGAUGUUCAUUUCCAUAAUCAUUCAAAGCCAGAUAACACAUUUGUUACAGCAAUAAGUUGGACUGACCCACAUGAGAAAAAGAACUAUAUUACAGUUAAGAUUGUUAAUUUCAAUAAGUUAUCGUCAGUUUUGAAGAUAUCUUUUGAUGGAGUUGAUUCGAACUCUAUUAAAUUAUGGAGAAAAACUAUUCUUGCUGUUGAUGAUGACGAUUUGGAGAGCGAUAACUCAUUUGAUAACCCUACUAAGGUGGUGCCGGUGACAAGUUUACUCGAAAGUGAAGUAGGAAAAGAUAUAAAACUAAUGGUUCAACCUUACUCAUUUACAGCAUUUGAUUUAAUAAAUUAACUCCUUAAGGGUGAAAUUUAGCAAUUCAAUAUCUUCUCUUACAAAGUAGAGUAUUAUUUAGCUUCCUUAAUUUCGCUAUCUUUUUCUUUUCUUUUAGGGCUAAAUUAAUAUUCUUCAAUCCAUGCAAUAAUGAUACAAUGUUACUCUUUUUAGCUAUGAGCCCAUUUUUCAUAUUAUGUUCAAUGUGUAAUUACUAAUUUGUUUUUAGUUAUUUUUAAUGGAACUUGCUAACAAAUUAUAUAUUAA